GGAAUCGGUUGGCAUUCAUGCAGAUUGGUGCGGUAUUGUUUCGGUGAUAAAUGUGAAAUGCGUGAGGUCCAUUUUUGGGAAGCACACAUCUAGCAAUCAGUACCCAGGUGUUGUUAAGUGUGGAGCCCGAAAUAUUUGAGGUGCGCGGAGGAGUUCAAGCCCAGGGAUGUCGGAGGAGAAGCUGAGGCGAUAUGAGAAGAUCGACUUCUUGGGAGAGGGCCAGUUCGCCACCGUCUACAAGGCGUGCGACAAGGAGACGGGCCAGAUCGUGGCGGUGAAGAAGAUUAAGCUGGGCAGCCGUGCCGAGGCCGAGGACGGUAUCAACCGCACGGCGCUGCGGGAGAUCAAGCUGCUGCAGGAGCUGCACCACGAGAACGUGAUCGGCCUGCUGGACGUCUUCGGCCACAAGUCCAACGUCUCGCUGGUGUUCGACUUCAUGGACACCGACCUAGAAAUCAUCAUCAAGGACAUGUCACUGGUGCUGAAGCAGUCGGACGUCAAGGCGUACACGCUGAUGACGCUGCGCGGACUCGAGUACCUGCACAUGAACUGGAUCCUACACCGCGACCUCAAGCCCAACAACCUGCUGGUGACGAGUAGCGGCGUGCUGAAGCUGGGCGACUUCGGCCUCGCCAAGUAUUAUGGCUCGCCCAACCGGCUGUACACGCACCAGGUGGUGACGCGCUGGUACCGGGCGCCCGAGCUGCUGUUCGGCGCGCAGAUGUACGGCACGGGCGUGGACGUGUGGGCGGUGGGCUGCAUCCUGGCGGAGCUGCUGCUGCGCAUCCCCUUCCUAGCCGGCGACUCGGACCUCGACCAGCUCACCAAGAUCUUCAUGGCCAUGGGCACGCCCAACGAGGAGACGUGGGCGGGCGUCAGCUCGCUGCCCUCCUACGUCAAGUUCAAGCAGUUUCCGGGCACGCCGCUGCAGGACAUCUUCACGGCGGCGUCGGACCCGCUGCUGGACGUGCUGCGCCAGCUCCUGGCGCUGGACCCGGCGCGGCGCGGCACGUGCGCCAGCGUGCUGCAGCUGCCGUACUUCAGCGCCCGGCCGGCGCCGACGCCGGGCCCGCUGCUGCCGCUGCCACCGGACAUCUCCGCUAAGAAGAAGGAGGUGGAGCGGCCCAGCAUCAAGCGCCGGAUAGUGGAGUCGGCGGAGGAUGCCGGCAUUGGCGGUUUGGCCAAAAAGCUCAUCUUUUAACGCGGCGCGAGUGUUAGCGACCGUGCUGAAGGCAUCAUCUCACGCGUGGAUGCCUCUGUCAGUCAUGUGAGCUGUGUUUUGUGGGCUGGUUUGAGCGAGGUAUCUUGCUUGGCGGCUGCGUGCGGACGCCAAGCUAGGACUCGAGUGACUCGAGAGGUAGGAAGUUAGAAGCAAGUUAUUUUUGUGAUCACCGCCUGCCAUUUUUGCGCGAGCGGCAAUUGUUAUGUUUGUACGUUGUUAGAAAAAGUUAAACGAACAUGCGUCGAGGUAUAUGCAGUGGCGGAAACAUUUGUUUUCAGCAUUUGCUACCUCAAUAAAAGUUGUCUGAAA